AUUUUUCCAGCAUCGCGGUUCUCUCACCCCAACCUUGAAUGGAGUUUCUCUCUCUAGACUAGAAAUUCUCUAGAAUAUCUCCGCUAUCUCUGCAUGUAGCUUCAUCUACUUCCUCUCAGCAGUAUUAUGCUUUUUGUUACCAUUAUUUUGACAUACACUACGAUCGGAAGAGCUUCGUUUUCAAACUCAUGAUCGAGGUUUUUUUGUUGGCCUCUGUUAGUGAGAUUGGUCUUUCAGCGUGUAAAUCUCAAGGUUACGCAAAGGUGUAGAUUACAAAGAAAUGGAUGGGGAUGCUUCUGAUGUAGAGGAUGACAAUUUUGAGUGGAACACUGAAGAUGAGUUGGAAAUCAAUGACUUCUCUUUACCUUCUCGUUCAAGCUUGACACUCCCAAAUGGAGAAGCUGUUGGGGAGGCAAGCUCAUCUGCUGGUCCUUCCAACUGCAAGUUGAUUGAUCAUUUCAUAGGGAUGGGAUUCUCUAAAAAGAUGGUUGCCAAAGCAAUUCAGGAAAAUGGAGAAGAAAAUACAGAUUCAAUUCUAGAAGCCCUCCUCACAUACUCAGCUCUUGAAUCGUCACCUCAAAGACAGCAUCACAACGACUCUGAUCAUUGCUCUUUGGAAUGUGAAGGGAGUUUUCUGGAUGAUUUCUCAGAUAUUGAUAGUUGUUCUGACAAUGAGAAAAUCAUGAAUACUGAAUUUGAUGAAGAGGAAAAAUUGUCGUCCUUAGUAAAUAUGGGGUACACAGUGGAUGAGGCUUCACUUGCAAUAGAUAGAUGUGGUGUCGAUUCCUCCCUUGUGGAGUUGACAGAUUUUAUCUGUGCUGCUCAAAUGGCUAAUGUGGCAGAUGCUCAGCUGUCAGAACUCCCCCUUGAAGUCCAGCCGAAACUUAAGCAUUCAUACAGUGAAUAUGCUAAGCACAAAAAAAGGAAACUUUCUGAUUAUGAGAUGUGGACAAAGAACAAUCAAAACGGGUUUGAGAAGAGGCUCCUUCAUGAUGAUGAUGAGACCAUUCGUCUCCCAAAUCCAAUGAUUGGAUUUGGCGUACCUACUGAACCAUGCUCAACAAUUCAUAGAACACUUCCAGAGGCAGCUGUUGGCCCUCCCUUUUUCUAUUAUGAGAAUGUUGCUCUUGCUCCUAAAGGGGUUUGGACCACCAUUUCACGGUUCCUAUAUGACGUGGAACCGGAGUUUGUUGAUUCAAAAUACUUCUGUGCUGCUGCCAGGAAAAGGGGCUACGUUCACAAUCUUCCAAUCCAAGACAGAUUUCCUCUUCUUCCAUUUCCACCACAGACCAUUCAUGAAGCAUUACCCUUGACAAGGAAAUGGUGGCCUUCAUGGGAUAGGAGAACAAAGCUGAAUUGCUUACAAACUUGCAUUGGCAGUGCGAAACUGACAGAGAGGAUUCGCAAGGCACUUGAAGACUAUGAUUGUGAACCACCUCUGAGUGUUCAAAAGUACGUGCUUGAUAAAUGUCGACAAUGGAAUCUGGUCUGGGUUGGGAGGAAUAAGGUUGCCCCACUUGAGGCUGAUGAGGUAGAAAUGCUUUUGGGUUUCCCGAGGAAUCACACGAGGGGAGGUGGAAUAAGUCGAACUGAUAGGUAUAAAUCACUCGGUAACUCAUUCCAGAUUGAUACGGUAGCAUACCAUCUGUCUGUCUUGAAAGACAUGUUCCCGGGUGGCAUUAAUCUUCUCUCCCUUUUCUCCGGGAUUGGUGGUGCCGAAGUAGCCCUUCAUCGGCUUGGCAUCCCUCUCAAGAAUGUUGUGUCGGUUGAGAUAUCAGAGGCAAACAGAAAUAUCCUCAGGUGCUGGUGGGAGGAAACAAACCAGAGAGGGAAUUUGAUUGACCUUGCAGACGUGCAGCAGCUAAAUGGUGAUCGGUUGGAGCAGCUAAUGAGCUCAAUUGGCGGGUUUGAUCUUGUGGUUGGCGGGAGCCCAUGUAAUAAUCUAGCGGGUAGCAACAGGCUUCACCGAGAUGGACUUGAGGGUAAAGAAUCUGCCUUGUUCUUUGAUUACUUCCGUAUUCUAGACUUGGUCAAGUGUAUCAUGACAAAAGCACAAUGAUUUCAUGAAAUUAAAACAAAAUUAUAAUCUGAUUUGUGCGGAUACGAUGGAAGUUUAUGAAAUCUCUGGUGCUGGGGCAUCUGAGUUUUUGAUUCAA